GGAAUUUAGAUUCUGAAUACCAUCCUAGAGAUCCUUCCACAAAGAAAUGCAGUUGAAAUGUUUCUGUUGUUUUCUCUCUGAAGAAGAAGAAAAGCAACACGAAAUACAGAAUGUCAACAACAACAAAAGUAGGGACUAUCCAUGGGAAAUAUACACCUUGAAGGAGUUGCUUCGAGCAACAAACAGUUUUCAUCAAGAUAACAAGAUUGGAGAGGGUGGAUUUGGAAGUGUUUAUUGGGGUCGAACAAGUAAAGGCGUCGAGAUCGCGGUGAAGCGUUUGAAGACUAUGACUGCAAAGGCAGAGAUGGAGUUUGCUGUAGAAGUGGAAGUACUUGGAAGGGUGAGACAUAAGAAUUUGUUGGGAUUGAGAGGAUUCUACGCAGGAGGAGAAGAAAGGUUAAUUGUCUAUGAUUACAUGCCUAAUCACAGCUUGCUCACCCAUUUGCAUGGUCAACUUGCUUCGGAUUGUUUGCUAGAUUGGCCUAAAAGAAUGAGCAUAGUAAUUGGAGCAGCUGAAGGUUUAGCGUAUUUGCACCAUGAGGCAAAUCCUCAUAUCAUUCAUAGAGACAUAAAGGCAAGCAAUGUUCUUUUAGAUUCUGAAUUUCAAGCCAAGGUUGCUGAUUUUGGUUUUGCAAAGCUGAUACCAGAAGGUGUAAGCCAUCUUACAACAAGGGUCAAAGGCACCCUUGGAUAUUUGGCACCAGAAUAUGCCAUGUGGGGGAAGGUUUCUGAGAGUUGUGAUGUUUAUAGCUUUGGGAUUUUGCUUUUGGAGAUUAUCAGUGCCAAGAAACCAAUUGAGAAACUCUCUGGCGGUGUAAAAAGGGAUAUUGUUCAGUGGGUCACACCUUAUGUCCAAAAGGGUAUCUUCAAUCAUAUUGCAGAUCCAAAGUUGAAGGGGAGAUUUGAUUUGGAGCAAUUGAAAUCUGUGAUCAUGAUAGCUAUAAGGUGCACAGAAAGUAGCCCAGAGAAGAGGCCUAGCAUGGAAGAGGUGGCGGAGUGGCUCAUGGGUGGUGUGGGGAAGAGAAAAAAGGAGAUUGUUUACAAGAAUGGAGACCAAGAAAAUGAUGAAAACUAUGAAGAGAUUGGAACAAUGCAAUCCAAGUUGAAAACACCAAGUGAUAAUGAUAGGCUUAAAAUAAGAUAA